AUGCGACCGCAUCUCCUCCUCCUCCUCGCCCGCCGCCUGCCUCCGCCGCCGGCCGCGUGCCGGCUCCUCCACCAGCCCCGCCGCCGCUGCGCGCAGCAGCAGCAGCAGCACGGCAGCGGCAGCAACGUGACCACCGUGGCGCUCGCCGCCGCCGCGUCGCUGCUCGCGUUGCUCCUGCUCUACCUCUGCGCCGCCAUCGCGCUGCGCGCCGCCACCGCGGGCUUCGACGCGGCGCGCAAGCUCGGCGACGGCGGCUUCGGGACUGUGUUCCUCGCGUACCUCCCGCCCUCCGGCCGCCCCGCCGCCGUCAAGCGCCUCCAUGUCCCGCCGUCCCCGUCCCCGUCGUUCCCCUCCGCCUCCGCCACCAUCACCAAGUCCUUCUGCAACGAGGUGCUCAUCCUCUCCGCGCUCCGCCACCCGCACCUCGUCCGCCUCCACGGCUUCUGCGCCGACCCGCGCGCGCUCCUCCUCGUCUACGACUUCGUCCCCAACGGCACGCUCUGGCACCACCUCCACCGCCGUGUCGGCGGCCCUGGCGCCGCGCCGCCGCCCCCGCCGCUCCCCUGGCGGACCCGCCUCGCGAUGGCCGCCCAGAUCGCGUCGGCGCUCGAGUACCUCCACUUCGGCGUGAAGCCCGCCGUCGUGCACCGCGACGUCACCUCCUCCAACAUCUUCGUGGAGGCCGACAUGCGGGCACGCCUCGGCGACUUCGGCCUCUCCCGCCUCCUCGCGCCGCCGGACGCCUGCGCCACGGGGGGCGCCCGCGAGCUCGUGUGCUGCACCGCGCCGCAGGGGACGCCGGGCUACCUGGACCCGGACUACCACCGCUCGUUCCAGCUCACGGAGAAGAGCGACGUGUACAGCUUGGGCGUCGUGGUGCUGGAGCUCGUCACGGGGCUGAGGCCCGUGGACGUGGGCAGGGAGCGGCAGGACGUGACGCUGGCGGACUGGGUGGUGGCCAAGAUCCAGGUCGGCGAGCUCAGGGAGGUCGUCGACCCGCCGGUGCUGGGCGAGGGCCCCGCCGUGAUGGCGAGCGUCGAGGCCGUGGCGGAGCUGGCGUUCCGGUGCGUGGCGCCGGACAAGGACGACCGGCCUGACGCCCGGGAGGUGCUGGCCGAGCUCAAGAGGAUCCAAACCAUGCUCCCCGAGCUUCCCAGCCGCAAGGUUUCUUGA